GUUGUAUUGACACUCUUUACGAUAGGCCACGAAGUAUGCAUCAUAUUAACGGUCAUAACAUAUCCAGGAGUCCUCCCAGGAUUAUUAGAGGCAGUUCUUUAGAUGAGGAUCAUAAACGAUUACUCGGUUCCGCUAUUAAAACCCCCAAUCAGGAAAAUUUUCCAGCAUGUACGUGUCGUUUCAAUGCUGAUAUCCCAAAAGUUCAUGGCAUGAGUUAUCCAUGCACGUGCUGGACUAGAACAAUGCCCAAUCUUCAGAAAGAAGCCAGUAGUGGCAGUGGUAGUUCAACAGGUUCGCCUUCUUCUUCGCCUAAGCACGCUUCUCGCAUCUGUGGCACCCUUCCUAGCAAACGAGAAGUUCAGGCUAUGCUACCUUGUACAUGUCGAAGAAAUCUAACUUCAAAUGGGCAUUACUCUGUUCCUCGUUCUGCAAUAGCCAAUAUUUAUUUAAAAGAUAAACAACUUCCGCUAGAGAACGGAGAUGCAACAUUAGAGCGUAACAAAAUGACUGAUAUGACGCCAAAGGAAGAGUAUGAUGUACCUAAAAAGUUACAGGUAAAAGCACAUUUUAAUCUCUUCUCUGGAUAAUAAACAAUAUCCAACU